UUUUCUUUAUCAUCUUUGCACAUGCACCAACCGCAGCUAAAUCUAAUAGACAAUCUAUCAUGAGACCAACAAAUUUGGGUUUCUUAUUAGGUGACCCAUUUUGGUGCAAUAUGAACAACUAGGCAAACACAAAUACAAUAGAAACAAGUAAUAAUUACCCAAAACCAAAGAAUACCAAACCAAACUCAACACAAUACCCCAUAAUCGCUUAUUAUAUUUCUUUUCUCUUUAAUCCAAAAAUUCAAAAUCCAAAACUUCCAAACAAUCCUUUACCUUCUCCCCCAAUCUUCAUUUUCUCAUUCCAAGCAAAGCAUCAUUCUCUUCUCUUCUAAUCUUCCACUGUAUAUAUCACACAGUCGCAACCAUGUUCCUCUUUAAUUCCCUUCCAACACAAAAAAAUCAAACAAUCACAAACGUGCUUUUUUUAUCAAACGCGCUUUUUCUUUCUCUCACUUAUAAUUAUAAUAUUCGGUUCAAAACAUGGCCAAACAAAACCAAACCGAAACUCAAACCCAUGAACCCGGUUCAGUCGAACCCAAUUCUCAACACUUGACUCCUUUAACUCCUUUUAAAUACUCGAACCGGGUUCAAUUAAAAACACUUCUUCUAGACCGAACCGACCCCGGUUCAGAACUUGCUGGACAGAGAGUGGUGAUAGGCGGAUGGGUGAAGUCAUCAAAGGAAGUUGAGAAAUCUUCUCCUCUUCCGCCACCGUCGUUGACGGCCGACGAUGAAACUAUUCCGGGGAGAGAUGUGUCGUGUGUGGAGAUUCUUCAGUCUCGGAUUCCUUUGAUUCGUAAUAUAAUGGAAGUUUUGGGAGGAAGCAGUUACGUGUCUCGCAAGAAACUGCGUGAUUCUUCUAUUCCUAAACCUCUUCCUCCUAAAUCUUCCACAGUUUAUCUUCUUCUCACCGACGGUUCUUGCGUUGCCACGCUUCAGGUUGUGGUUGAUUCCUCGGUAGCUACACCUAGCCGUCUUUUGCCUACCGGAACCUGUAUAUUAGUGGAAGGUCAGCUAGAACGACCACCAACAGAAGGGAAGCAUGCUAUUCAGUUAAAGGCUGACAAAGUUCUUCACAUUGGGACAGUAGAUGUUGGCAAGUAUCCAUUAUCAAAGAAACGAGUUCCACUGGAUACAUUAAGAGAGUACUCCCAUUUUCGCCCUCGAACAACUACGGUGGCAACUGUCAUACGAGUUCGCAGUGCUCUAUCUUUUGCAACCCACUCAUUUUUCAAGGAUCAUGCAUUUAUCGACGUGCAAGUACCUACUAUAACUACCACAGACUGCGAGGGAUUUGGCAACAUGUUCCAGGUUACAACUACUACCUCGGAUCAGAAAGCUGAUAAGGAGAAGCUGAGUACCAUUUAUGAGACUGAAGGUUUUAGCCUUGAAAUUGUGAAGGCAGCUGCCAAAGAGAAAAGCAAACUAGUUGAAACUUUAAAAAGAAGCGAAAGCAAUAGAGAAGCGCUGGCGGCUGCAAUUCAUGAUCUGCAGAAAACUAAUGAAUUGGCAUCACAAUUGGAAGCAAGAGAAAAGAAAAAUAUUGGAACUUCAUUGAAGGAUGACAAAGUAGACUCUUCCGAAGAAUUUUUCGCUAACCAAACUUAUUUGACUGUUUCUGGUCGCUUACAUCUCGAAAGUUAUGCAUGUUCUCUUGGAAAUGUGUACUCAUUUGGACCUAGAUUUCAAGCAGAUAAAACAGAUUCUGCUAAACAUGCUUCAGAAAUGUGGAUGGUUGAGGCUGAAAUGGCUUUUUCUGAAUUAAAGGAUUCCAUGAACUGUGCAAAUGACUUGUUCAAGUACCUAUGUAAGUGGGUUAUGGAAAAUUGCUCCGACGAUCUGAAGUUUGUCGGCAAAAGAAUUGACAACACUUGCUUUGAUCGUCUUCGGCAGAUUAUAUCAGGCUCCCCUGAAAUAAUUUCCUAUAAUGAAGCCUUAGAUGUUUUACUAAAGGCUGAAGAUAAGAAAUUUGAAACAAAGUUCGAUUCAGGUGUUAAACUCACUUCAUGUCUCCUAAGCUAUCUAGCUGAUGCCAUCUACAAGAAGCCGGUUCUAAUACACAGUUAUCCAAAAGAAGCUAAGCCAUUCUACGUUCGUGUUAAUGAUGAUAAAACUGUAGCUGCAUUUGAUCUUGUUGUCCCAAAGGUUGGAACUAUAAUUUCUGGCAGUCAAAAUGAGGAGCGGCUUAACGUGAUAAACUCGAGAAUUACUGAGUUGGGUUUGCCGCAAGAGAAAUAUGAAUGGUACUUGGAUCUUUGUCGAAAUGGAACGGUUAAGCGCUCCGGGUUCACUCUGAGGUUCGACCUUUUGGUUCUUUUUAUAACUGGCCUUACCAAUGUUAAGGAUGUUAUCCCUUUUCCAAGAAGCUAUGGCAAGGCCAACAACUAAUUAUAUUUCGGCUAAGAUUUCAAGAUGUACUCACUCUGAGGCUAUUGUCAUUCCAAUAUUUAUGGCAAGAGGAAAACAUAACACUGAUUGUGUAACAUAAGCAUAUCAAUUUAUUACAUGUAUGCCCAAUGUAAUUGUAUAUAAGGAAAACUCUGAUUGAAAUUAAAUUAAUAUAUAAAAGUCUUCUGAAGUUCUUUCUAGUUCUAAUUGAUUUCAGCUUUAAAUUUCGAUUGAGUAUUCAUGUUUUUACUUCAAACAACACUACAUUGUUGAAGUUGCGAGGUAACAACGAAUUUUAGAGGACUGUAACUUA